UAUUGCGUGUUUUAAACUUUUGCGGCUUGCGGAUAUGGCGCCGCACAGUGAGACUGAUGAGAGGCGAGACACCCCCGAUGCUGCCGAUGCCCUCAACACCUCUUCCUACUGAGCCACUGAGCUUUGCAGAAGUCGGACAAACCAAUUUGGGUGACUGUUCCUAUGUUGCGCAUGAUUCGGGUAGUGUUUGUCCCGCCCAUCAUGCGUCCUUGUGAUCCUACGCUGCUCGCCGAAGAGAAAUCUACCUUUUUCAAGCCUCUACUUUGAGGAAGCAGUAGCCACCUACAGCAGGAAAACGGAUCUGCGGAUGCUGUUUGUGCUGUCGGCAGGGCGCAGCGAGGGUGGGCCCGGUGCAGAGGCCGUCCCCUGCCCUUCCCUGAGGAUGGAGGCGUCCCCCCAGGGGCCCUCGGCUGUGCUCUCCCCCUCUGGGGUUCCGGGGACCCUGCCCUACGCCCAGCCCUUCUUGCCGCCCUCCUCGCUGGGCUGCAGGCACGGCCACGAGGCCACCCCAGGUCGCAGGCAAGAGGGCAGGUCCUCCCUGUGGCUGAUCUGGCUGCGAAAGUAUGUGAUCUUGUGCCUGGUCUGCGGGGGCUCGGCCGUCUUUGUGGGUGUCCUCUUCAUCGCCAUCUACUUCACCCUGAGGUCAUACACGUCCUCCCUGCAGUUCUUCGAGACCAUCCCCACCUAUGUCCCUGCCGCCGUGCUAAUAGUGACAGGACUCAUGGUGAUGUGCUUUGCCAAGCGUCGGAACCGGUAUACCUAUUUGGUGAAGUUUGCGGGCGGCUGCUGUUUGACAUGCGUGCUUCUCUGCGUGGUGAUCACGGUGACCACCACGGUGGUGCACAUGAACCGGCUGCAGACGCUGCACAAGUGUGACUACUCCUCCAAGGAGAAGGCCUGCAUGUGCCUCUCAGCCAUCGCCGAGUUGCCAGCCCCCGACGGGGAGCACCAGUUUGUGUUCAACAACACACCCAACUGCGAGGUGGUGCACGGCAGCCUGUACGGCUGCUUGCGGGCACUCUUCGGUCUCUCGGUGGUGGGCAUCCUGGUGUGCAUUUUUUCCUCCAUGCUCGUCUACCAGCUGCUCAGCCACGAACGCAAGAAGGUCUACCUCGAACAGCUGGAGCUGCGUCGCCGGCUGCUGUACCGACGCCAUCCCAACCACACGUUCUGCGCCUGCUACAACGACAUGUGCGCCCCGUGGCCGCUCUGGGACGUGCUCGACUACCGGCUGCUGACCCCACAGUCGGUGGGACCGGAGCGCCCGACCCAGGAGGAGCUGUCGCGGGCCACCCGCCCGACCGCUGCGGGCCACGAGAGGGCACCUCCGAGCCGCAGGCACCCGCUCUCGUGGCUGCCGUGGGCGCGCAGCCGUCGCAGCCGCUCUUCCCAGAGGCCCAGCCGCAACGCCGUGGAGCGCCUCUUGGUCCGCGACGGCUGGCGAUGCUCCACUCCGUCUCCAACGGAGGUGCUGGGUUCUCCCGGGUCUCCCAGUCCGUGGCGCAACGGCUGCAGUCACGCCGCGCACUCCGAAGCGAGGGCCGGCCACUCUCGGAGCGCAAGGAGUGCCGCAGCUCACCGAAGAACGCGGUCCAACGACGGCGUGUUCCACCAUCUUCAGAUGAACCCCAGGUUCGGGCCACAGGGCUUCCCAGAGGCCCCCUGCGGCUACGCUGAGAUCCCGGCCUACUUCUGGGGCCCGCCCCCGCCCUACUCACAGCCGCCCUCCCUUGAGGACGUGGGGUGCGUCGCCGGAGACGGCCGAGAGUCAGGGCAGCGCGGCGUAGCGGAUGUGGCCGGCACGCGGGGGGAGGCUUCGCAGUGCUCCUCCAAAAUGAGCACCCCCUCCGCGCAGCGACAUGUGGUGCUCACAAUCGGGGGAGACUAUGCGGGGGUGUGCUCCCGGCGGACGGCCGACGGCAAGGCGACGAGGGAGGGCGACUCGUUCCUCGUGGAGGUGCCCUGCUUCCUGCACAAGGGCAGCCUAGUGUUCAACACGCUGCCCGCGCGGAGCCGUCGCAAGCGGCAGCCCAGUCCCUUCAAGUCUCUCUCCAACAUUCCCCUGUGCAUCUCGCGGAGGCUGAGCCUGCUCAGGCACGAGAACCUGCGCAACGGCGGCGGCGCGGCCUUCCGCGGGGGCAGGAAAGGCACGCUCGAGCGCCACGACGAGAACGCAGUCAUCUCGGGCCUCGGGCGCACCAUCCGGGUCAUCUGCGAGAGGACGGUGCCCUCCAAGCAGACCUCCGUCGAGGAGAGCAGCAACAACGCAACGGAGACUGCCACGCCCACUGCGGCCGCCACCCUGCCGUCGGACUCAAGCGGCCCAGUCCCGACAACCGACCCGUCCUGGACGGCCCUUGCCCGGGCGCACGCCCACUCCAUGCCCAACCUGAGCGUUGCCGCCCCGCCCGCGCGUCACUCGUCGGACGAGGACACCUGGACGUCCAGAGACUUUGCCGACACGGGCGGCGACGGAAGCCAGCUGUCGGACGCGACCUCGGCCCCCUCCCUGCCCGACGAAGAAGAGUUCACCUUUGAAGGGGAGACAGAGUCUAGUCAGACGACCCCGGUGGCAUCACCGCCGCCACUUCCGCCCAAGACACUCUCCUCUGCAGAGCGGCGCCAGAGGUAUGUGGUGCUCGCCAAGAGGCAGGUGGCCACCAUCUCGCCCCUGCCGGUGUCGAGGGACCCCGUCACCUUUCUCCUGGAAGGGGGCGGCUGCUGCGCCUGCCCCUCGCAGCCCCACUCCCAGCUCCGACCGGGCCUCAACUUCCAGCCCGGGCGUCCCAGGCCGGACGCCGUGGGCGACGCCUUUGUGGUGACCAUCAGAAACAUGAACGUGUAAAUGUGGGACCGACAUUUGACCGACAGAAUAGUGUGGUUACUUUCCGAUAUUGCCAGAUGGGUGGGGCAGAAAA